GGUAAGCGAAAACAUUCUCCUAGAAGAGGUUGUGUCAAUUAGCACCUUAUUUGAAGUGGACACCCACAAUUUUGGAAAAUACCCAUAAUAUCACCAAAGAUUAUGAAAAUAUCUUCCUGAAAAUUGAUUCAGUAUUAAUUGGUGAUCGAGGGAGGUGUUAUACAGGCUUACCCUUUCAAUUCAGAAGGUCAGAAUAAACAUGCCUUAAAUUAUUGAGGACAAAAUUCUGCUUGUAGAAGGAUUAAUUGAAUGUGUACUAUCCAAAAUUUUGAAUCUCUAAAAUUUUCCAGCAUUCGUGUCCUAAAAAAAAAAAAAAAGAAAAAAAAAAAGAAAUAUAAUCGAGCAAGCAAAAAACCGCUAAAGGCCAAAACAACAACCUGAAAUGGAAGUUGCUCUUUAGCAUUUAGCCUUUUGCUUCUAGAGCUCGUCCUUUACAGGCUGUUUCAACAUAAUCUGAACAGUUAUGCCUAUGAAGACAAGUUGAAAAGAAGUCCUGUACUAUCUGCAGUCUAGAAAAAACAGAUGAAUGUGAUAUAGUAAAUAGUUCUUCACAAGAGCAUUUUUUUUUACUGGACUGGGCCGUGCUCUCUUUAGUUCUGUCAGUAUCAGAAACUAAGUCUUGCUUUAUCCUUUCCUUUUCGUGAUGCAGCAAAGAUGCCUUAUAAAUGAGGAGCAAAGCGACCUUGCAGAUGACGGUUUGUAAUUCUCCAUGUCAAUCAAAUGCAUUUGUGUUGCCCUGCAAUAGCACUGAAUCAUUCAUGGACCAUUCUGUUACUUCAGGUUUGUGGCAGUGGGUUAACCCUCUGGGACCGCAUAAAAUGAUGAGGCGGUGCGGAAAACACGCACCAGGAUUCUCUCAGCGGUUUUUUUGUUUUGUUUUUUGGUUUUUUUUUUUAAUUUUCUUUCCGCAUCUGGUUGAUGACAACAGCUUGAGCGGCUUUCGCCCGCAUCGUGCGGUCGCUCCGCCCGCCCUCCGCGGGAGCGCUGGGGACGCGGAUCGGGGCGGAGCGCCGGGUCCCGCCCCGCCCCCCCGGCUCCCCCCGCUCCUCGCUUCCCUCCCUCGCUCCCUCCCUCGCUCGCUCCCUCGCUGGGUGCCGCCGGCGCUGGCGGAGCAGCAGGCGGGCGGGAUGGCGGCGCGGGUGCUGCUGCUGGCGGUGUGCGCGGUGCUCGCUGCCUGCCGGGCCGCGGCAGAGCCGCAGGCGGGGGCCGCCAGCCGGCGGCGGCGGCUGAGCGCCGAGGAGGGCAUCUCCUUCGAGUACCACCGCUACGCCGAGCUGCGGGAGGCGCUGGUGGCCGUGUGGCUGCAGUGCCCCGCCAUCAGCAGGAUCUACACGGUGGGGCGCAGCGCCGAGGGCCGGGAGCUCCUGGUCAUCGAGAUCUCGGACCGGCCCGGCGAGCACGAGCCCGGAGAGCCAGAAUUUAAAUAUGUUGGGAAUAUGCAUGGGAAUGAAGCUGUUGGAAGGGAGUUGCUCAUCUUCUUGGCGCAGUACUUGUGUAACGAAUACCAGAAAGGAAAUGAUACUAUUAUCAACUUGAUCCAUAGCACACGUAUCCAUAUCAUGCCAUCUUUGAACCCAGAUGGCUUUGAGAAGGCAGCAUCCCAGCCUGGUGAACUUAAGGACUGGUUUGUUGGUCGAAGCAAUGCCCAAGGAAUAGAUCUAAACCGAAAUUUUCCUGAUCUUGAUAGGAUAGUUUACAUUAAUGAGAAAGAAGGUGGCCCAAACAACCAUCUUCUGAAGAACAUGAAAAAAGCUGUGGACCAGAAUCCCAAGCUUGCUCCUGAAACAAAAGGUGUCAUUCACUGGAUUAUGGAUAUUCCUUUUGUGCUCUCUGCCAAUCUUCAUGGAGGAGACCUUGUUGCAAAUUAUCCUUAUGAUGAGACUCGGAGUGGCAGUGCUCAUGAGUACAGCUCCUGCCCUGAUGAUGCUAUUUUUCAAAGCCUGGCUCGCAGUUAUUCUUCUUUUAACCCUGCUAUGUCUGAUCCAAACAGACCACCGUGUCGUAAAAAUGAUGAUGACAGCAGCUUUGUGGAUGGAACAACUAAUGGUGGUGCAUGGUACAGUGUCCCAGGAGGAAUGCAGGAUUUCAAUUACCUCAGCAGCAACUGCUUUGAAAUCACAGUGGAGCUCAGCUGUGAAAAAUUCCCACCUGAAGAAACUCUGAAGGGCUACUGGGAGGACAACAAGAACUCUCUUAUAAAUUACAUUGAGCAGAUUCAUCGAGGAGUGAAGGGUUUUGUUAAAGAUCUUCAGGGCAAUCCAAUAGCAAAUGCUACAAUUUCUGUGGAGGGAAUAAGCCAUGAUGUUACAUCAGCCAAGGAUGGUGAUUACUGGAGAUUGCUUGUACCUGGAAAUUACAAAGUUACAGCCUCAGCACCAGGCUAUCUAGCAAUAACUAAAAAAGUGGCUGUGCCCUUCAGCCCUGCUGUUGUGGUUGAUUUUGAACUGGAGUCAUUGUCUGAAAGAAAAGAAGAGGAAAAAGAAGAGUUGAUGGAAUGGUGGAAGAUGAUGUCAGAAACAUUAAAUUUUUAA